UAAUUAACUUUGGCCUGGUCCCAAUUGGUAGGGGUCUAUUCUAUAAUUCGUUUUCCGUUAGCUAACCUAACGACUACGAGUCUCCUUGACCUCGUCUCGCUGUUGCUUCCUCCGAGCUUCUGCAAUUCCCUUUUCCGGCCAAAUUCUUCCAAUUGGGAAUCUAUAACUGGGAAUUUGAGAAGAGGAGAUGUGUCAUCAGAAUUGUUGUGUGCAUUUAUCUGUAGAAGAGGCUAUCGCAGCUGAUGAAAGCCUACUCAUAUAUUGCAAGCCUGUUGAACUUUACAAUAUUCUUCACCGCCGGGCUCAAUACAAUCCUUCGUUUCUUCGAAGAUGUUUGCGUUACAAAGUGAAAGAAAGGCGUAAAAGGAGGUUGGCUGCUGGAGUUGUAAUUUUCAACUAUAGGGAUUACAAUAACAAACUACAAAAGACUGAAGUCACUGAAGACUUCUCCUGUCCAUUUUGCUUGAUGAUGUGUGUGAGUUUUAAGGGUUUGCGGUAUCAUUUGUGCUCUUCACAUGAUCUAUUCAACUUCGAGUUUUGGGCGAGUGAAGAGUACCAAGCAGUGAACGUCUCUGUAAAAAUUGAUAGAUUCUUAUCAGAGACUGUUGCAGAUGGAGUAGAGCAAAGACAGCAGACAUUCUUCUUCUGCCCAAGGCCACGAAGGCGCAAGUCAAGAAACUGCGAUCAAAAUAAGCAAGUCUGUGUGCAGUUCUUGGAGUUGGAUUCCCAAAAACUCCCCAUGGAAGGCAUAAACAAUGGAUUUUUGAGGAAGGAUGAUGAUGUUCUUUCUUGUUUAGGUGAGAAUGCUUCCAAGUCAUCUUCCAGUGAGAAGGAUUUGCAUAAUUUGAGGCAUGGGGCAGAAAACUAUGGUACCGAAUAUCCUAGUGCAACAGAGUUAAUGGAACGUGUGGCAUCAAGUUUUAAUAUUCAAGAUGUUUCAAUUGCUAAGGCUCAACCUUCUGUGGACUCUGAGUGUGUUAAAUCACAAUCUGGAAAUGAUCCUUUACUGCCUGCUGGGAUCCAUAUUGCAAAAGCAAGGAAGUUAACUGUGGACCGGUCAGACCCUAGAAACCGUGUACUCCUGCAGAGAAGACAGUUUUAUCACUCUCACAGAGUUCAGCCUAUGGCACUAGAACAAGUAAUGUCAGAUCGAGACAGUGAAGAUGAAGUCGAUGAUGACAUUGCAGAUUUUGAAGAUAGAAGGAUGCUUGAUGACUUCGUGGAUGUUAGCAAAGAUGAGAAGCAACUUAUGCAUCUGUGGAACUCAUUUGUAAGAAAGCAAAGGGUGCUGGCAGAUGGUCAUGUAGCCUGGGCAUGCGAGGCGUUUUCAAAACUUCAUGGGAGGGAACUGGUUGGAUCUCCUGCUCUUUUUUGGUGCUGGAGGUUAUUCAUGAUCAAGCUUUGGAACCAUGGUCUUCUUGAUGCAAGCACAAUGAACAACUGUAACUUGAUCCUGGAAAGAUGCCAAGAUGAAGGUUCUGAUGCUGUAAAAACCGAAAGAGGAGAUAAUUAAUGACAGGAUCAUAUAUAUAUAUAUAUGGUCUUGAUUUUCAGCUGCCUUUAACCCAUUCUUUACAUUCCUAAAUCCUAAUCAUUGAGCCAUACUUGAAAUAUUAACAUUCUUUUCCUGUAAAAUGGAAUGUAAUUGGGGCUCAUUCGUCUCUGUUGUAAUUGUCAAGGAUACAACGUUACAGUAAUCUCAUUCAAUCCAAGCCCACCUUUUAUUUUUUCGGAA